AUGGAAAAAGAACCCAAGACUGCUCCUGCUGAAAAUGCGGAUCCACAACUACAGGUUGACAAGACAAAGGUCGAUUAUGCGCCUAAAAACACAGAAUCUGGUAGCUUCAAAUUCUAUCCCGACAACCCAGAGUCCAGCUUCAACAAGUACAGAUUCGCGGCCAAAGAUGCAAGCCAGUUUUACGACCCAUGCCAAGAAUCUUCCAAGAUGAGCAUGAAGUGUUUGGAGCUUAAUAAUUACGACCGGUCCAUGUGCCAAGAGUACUUCGACGCCUACCGCGAGUGCAAGAAACAGUGGCUACAAGCCCGAAGGAGAAAUAGGUCUCAAUGGGAGUAA